AUGAAGGAAGGCAACCCUCAACAAGUUCAUGAAAUCGUGGCUUCAAAAAAUGACGAGGCAAUGGAUGUCUCAAGCUUGUCUCGUGAACAACCUCGAGACAAUGUGUCUACAAAGAGCCAGUUCAACGAGAACACUGCUGGAUGUCAAGAGAAAUUUAUGACUGAGAAUGGUAGAGCAGUUCAUAAGUCGAUUCUGAAGCCUGUUUUGAGGAACAGAGAAACCCAACAAAAGAAAGGAGAUGUUCGACAGGAGAAUGAAAAGAAAGAUUUAGUGUGUUUUCCCGAUCCUGAUGUUAUUGCAACCAGUAGUUAUCCAUUUCCUAAUGGAGGCAAUUUCCCGUUCGAGGCAAACAAAGACGAGAAAAUGAUAGAUGUUGAAGAUGGUAUUGAAUCUGAUGAUAUAUUCGACUCUGUGUUUAGCAAGAAGCUAAUGGAAAUUCUCAAAAGAUCCUAUGAUAAAAAAGGAGUUCUUGGAACUCAGUGA